UGAAUGGAUAGAUGAGUGACACGUAAGCAUUUCUUCUUACCACUUCCCUUCCAACACGCUUCUCUCUCUCCUCUUCUCUCCUCUCCUGUUCCUUCAUUCCCUUCUUUGCCCUAAUCAACCAUCUCAAUUCUCAGAUCUCUUCCCUCCAUUUCCAACUUUCACAAAGUCUUGGUUGAUACAAGGGUAUAUGCUUGUAAAUAUUGAUAAGGUGCAUCGCAUCUUAGCUUUUUGACGUCACAAAUUGUAGAUACUUUGAUACUCAAUAUGGAGCUGAGUACUAUUAAAGAUGCAUUUGAUCGUGUCACAAAGAAGCAAAAGUUAUCUAGUGCCAAGACUCAGGAAAUGCUUGAUCAAAUCAGACAGGAAAUUGAGAGUGCUUUAGACAAGAUGCAGUCAGCCAAUAACUCGGACCCUGAGCACAAUUAUAAAGCUGUCCUCAAUGAGCUCAAGGCCAAUUUGCUUAAAAUUGCUCCCCUUAGCCAAAUGGAAGGCACACAAAAAGAGCUAAAUGUAGCACUCAGCAAGUAUGGGAAGCUACUUGAGAAAUAUUUCAAUCCUGAUAUAUCAAAGGCUUAUAGAAAUAUUGAUGUUGAUAUACAUACGUUAAACCAAAUAAUUGCCAACCAUUUUUAUCGCCAGGAACUUUUUGAUAUUGGUGAUCAUUUUGUGAGUGUGGUUGGAGAACCAGAAUCUGCUUCCACUAUGAAAGCUCCAUUCCUAGAAAUGUAUCAAAUACUUGAAGCCAUUAAGAACCAGAACCUGGAGCCAGCCCUAAACUGGGCUUCAAUGAACUCUGACAAACUUGCUCAAAGUGGAUCCGAUAUUGUGUUGAAGCUUCACUCUAUGCAAUUUGUGAAAAUACUUCAAAAUGGAACUAGAGAUGAAGCUCUUCAUUAUGCCCGAACUCACCUGUCUCCUUUUGCUUCCAGUCACAUGGCUGAAAUCCAGAAGCUCAUGGCCUGUCUCCUGUGGACCGGAAAACUUGAUCGGUCUCCAUACCAUGCAUUAUUAUCUGGAUCUAACUGGGACAAGUUGGCCGAGGAUCUUAAACGGGAGUUCUGCAAUCUCUUGGGGCAGUCGUACAACAGUCCAUUGAGUGUGACUGUAGCAGCAGGGGUUCAGGUUUUGCCGCCUCUCCUUAAAUUUAUGUGAACCAGUUGCCUGUGCCAGUUGAGUUGGACCGGGAAUUCCAGUUCCAUUCUAUUUUUGUUUGUCCUGUCUCAAAGGAACAAGCAACCGAGGAUAAUCCGCCAAUGUUGAUGUCCUGCGGCCAUGUCCUUUGUAAGCAGUCUAUCUUGAAGAUGUCGAAGAAUCACACAAAGAUGUUUAAGUGCCCUUACUGUCCCUUUGAUAUUGAUGCUGUACAAUGCAGGCAGCUAUAUUUCUGAUGUUGAAUAAUUUAUUUGUAUGACACUCUCUUGUACAACUGAAUCCAGGUGUUGUUGAAUAGUUCCGUUCAAGCAUGGGCAUUGGCAUGCCAGUGUUUGGUGACUGCAAAAUGCCAUGCCAAAUUGUGAUGUCUGUAUGUCUGUAUGUCGAAUAACAUUUGUUGUAAAUAGAAAUUCUUUCAAGUUGGUUAUGUCCUGCAAGUUCUUAAUUUGAA